UUGAGAUGGAGAUUUAGAGUCCAAGGCUCUUAAGAAAUUUGGUGCGUAAUGUGCAGUGUAUAUCAUUAUUACAUGUAUAGUAUUACAAAUGUCUUCUAAUAGACCUGGUAACUAAUAAAUAGAUUCACUAGAAUAGAGCAUGUUGAACUGAUUUGACAGGGAGGUCCACUAAAGAACUGAACUAUAAAAUGCUCCAAGUACGCCCCUGUAAAAUGAAAACGUUUUAGAUUAAACAUUUCGGUCCGUAGACCCUCGUCACAAGAUAACAUGCAUAAUACGGGACAUCUUGCAUUCAUCUGACAAAGGACUACGAACCAAAAUAUUCUGAGCUCAUGCUGGUGUGGCAGCUCGAAAAGCGUUCUGAUUGCCUCAUUUACACGACGACAAUGAGUUUGUACAACUUAAUUCAAGAAAGGUUUCUCUUUCAAAUUGUUCAGGUAAAACUUGUUGGAAAUCUGUUCAGAAAACAGCACAUCAACUUUCUGAAGACAGUCGGUUUUCAGACAUAGUGAUGCUCGAUGCAUUCAUUGCUAACAAUCUCAUUAUGGACAUGCAACAUAGCAAGAAAAUAAAUGACAUUAAAGAAAAAUGGACAAACUUGAAUGCCUACUGGUUGUUGACAGAAGCACUACCAUCGAGUGGCUAUUUAGGAUUCACAAAGUUCUGUUGUUUACUACAUGCAAAGAAUAGAAUUUCUCAGAUUGAAAGAAACCUUUGCAAUGAAUGCGCCAUUUCUUUUUCGAAAUGUCAAACGAGUGACUCAAUCAAGUUUUAUGUCGACUCAUCUUGCAAACCUAUUCUUAAAAGUGCUCUGCCUCAAAGCUCUAUAUACACAGAUCACGUCGAUGUUGCUGGCGUGCCGGUUCUUGUGAAAGAUAUGAAUGAACAGGAAAUGAAGUGGGAUCCUGUGGUGUUUACAGAGUCACUUGUUUGCAUAAAUAACAAAAUUACUGCGACACUGACAAUAGAUAAUGAAGAAAUCCGCUUUCGCGAAGAUGUUUUCUACAGAGACAUUGUUGAUCACCUGAACAUCGCAGCGUCUGAAGUAAAAAUAGCUUUGACUAACAAGAACAAUACUUGGAUGUUGCUACGUUUGUCUACUCGAGCUGGAUUAAAACUUUUAUCUACAUUUCGUUUGGAAAAGUUGAAAAGUAAAUUUGAACAAGCAGUGGCAACAAAAGCAUGGAGCUCUAAAUCAACGACGAACUUUACCAUACAAGUGACGAUAAGUGAUUUGAGGCCGUAUACAAUGUACGUAGAGAAAGGGGAUGCUGCUCGCUUCGACGAAGGUAAAACUUGUUGGAAAUCUGUUCAGAAAACAGCACAUCAACUUUCUGAAGACAGUCGGUUUUCAGACAUAGCGCUGCUCGAUGCACUCAUUGCUAACAAUCUCAUUAUUGACAUGCAACAUAGCAAGAAAAUAGAUGACAUCAAAGAAAAAUGGACAAACUUGAAUACCUACUGGUUGUUGACAGAAGCACUACCGUUGAGUGGCUAUUUAGGAUUCACAAAGUUCUGUUGUUUACUACACACAGAGUUUGGCAUUUCUCAGAUUGAAAGAAACCUUUGUAACAAAUGCAACGUUUCCUUUCCGAAAUGUCAAACAAACCGCUCAAUGAAGUUUUACGUCGACUCAUCUUGUAACGCAUUUCUUAAAACUGCUCAAGCAUCUACUAAUCAUGUCGACGUAGCCGGCAUGCCGGUUACGGUUGUUUUGAGAGAUACAAGUGAUAAAGAAACGGAGUGGGAUCCGGUGGUAUUUACAGAAACACUUGUAUGCGUCCACAACAAAAUUAUUGCAACAUUGACAAUAGAUAAUAAAGAAAUCCACUUUCAUGAGAAUGAUUUCUACAAAAAUUUGGUUGUUCAGCUGAACGUCGCAGUGUCUGAAAUAAACAUAGUUUUGUCUAACAAGAACAAUACUUGGAUGUUGCUACGUUUGUCUACUCGAGCUGGAUUAAAACUUUUAUCUAUAUUUAGUUCGGAAAAGUUGAAAAGUGAAUUUGAACAAGCAAUUGCAAAAGCAUGGAGCUCUAAAUCAGAGACAAAGUUUACCAUACAAGUGACGAUAAGUGAUUUGACGCCGUAUACACUUUACUUAAACAAAGGGGAUGCUGCUCGCUUCGACGAAGGUAAAACUUGUUGGAAAGCUGUUCAGGAAGCACAACUUUCCAAAAACAUUCACUUUUCGGUCGACAACAUGAUGCUCGACGCAAUCGUUGCUAACGAUCUCAUUGUCGACAUUCAACACCUAAAGAUAAUCGGUGAUAUUAAACAACAUUCGACAGACUUGAGCACAGUUACGCACUGGUUGUUGACAGAAGCACUGCCGUUAAGUGGCUAUCUGGGAUUCACAAAGUUCUGUUGUUUACUACGUGCAAAGUCUAGCCUUUCUGACAUUCAAAUAAACCUCUGUAAUGAAUGCAAAGUUUCUCUUUCGAAGUGUCAAACAAGCGACUCAGUUAUUUUUAAAGUCGACUCAUCUUGUAAAGCGUUCUUGGAAACUCUUCAAAGUUCUAUACAUACUGAUCGCGUUGAAGUUGCUGGCAUGCCAGUUAUUUUGAAAGAUAUAAAUAAAAAAAACAAGUGGGAUCCAGUAGUAUCUACAAAGUCAAUUGUCUGUAUCAACAACGGAAUUACUGCAACACUGACAAUAUCUACAACAGAAAGCCACUUUUACUGGCAAAUAUUUAUGCAAAACAUAAUUGCUCAUCUGAACGUCGAAGCAAGUGAAGUAAACAUGCCAUUGUCUGCAAAGACCGAUACCUGGAUGAUUCUACAACUGUCUACUCGAGCUGGAUUGAAUCUUUUAUCUACACUUAGGUCGGCAACAUUAAAACAGAAAUUUAACCAAGCCAUUACAAAGGCAUGGAGCUCAAAAUCAGAAUCAGCAAGAAAAGUCUUUAUAGAAACGAGGAUCAGUGAUUUGUCGUUGACUACAACUGACCUCAUUGUUCCUGGACAAAUGCCAGUACCUAGAGAACCAAGCGAGUCGCCUAUUGGUAUGUGGCUGUUUGGCUUCUCUUGUGGUAUAAUUCCUUUAUGCUUGAUAUGCUGUUGCUUGAAAGGAAGCAGGGGACAGAAUGCAAUUGGGUGGUAAUAUGUAUAACUAUAACUAACAUUUUAGAGUAGUUGCUUCUUGGGCAGAUGCGUUUGUUUUUCAGUUUACCCAAACAAUCUUGCAGUUUCUCUUGUAUGUGUUGACACCUUUGAGUCAAUGGCUAGUUAAUAUCAAUUAGUAACUACGGCAUGAAACUAAUUAAAGUGCCUUUUAAUUGACACUGUUAGUUUUCAUGAGUUUCAUUUAAUGUCUAAUUCAAUCUUCAAAAUGAUGGUUAGCGUUGACGAAAGUUUACUACCUUUCAAAAGCUCUAAAAACAUGCCCAU